AAGAAAAUUGGCCAGAAUAUCAACAAGAAGAUAAAAAUCCUUGGAAUAUUAAAGAUGAUAAUGAAUUCACUUGGUCAACCAACAAUAAAGAAAUUGAAGAACCAACUACUUCACUAUCUGUUAACCAAGAGAAUCAAUCUGAAAUCUCUGAUAUGAUAGUAGAACAAACUAAUAAUAAUAACUAUUUUGAACUAGGAUUAUUAAUUUUUGUUUUAGUUUUGAUACCUUUUUCUUCAAUUUUAAGUUGGAUUUGUAGUAUUCUAUUAUUAUACAGAGCAAAAUUUUUAUUAAGAAAGUUGAGAUUAGCAGAUGGAGAUUAUAUUACUUUAAUUAAUCCUCUUUUAAUACAAUAUAGUCAAA